CUCCAUUCGACCGUGACAGAUUAACAGCACGUCGAUCCUAUUCUGCUUAUUCAGAUAUUCGACAAAUAGAUUUUGAUCACAUUAAUGAAGAACUUGGCCAUAUACAGCAUCUUGCUUCUCUGCGGGAUUGUUCAUGGAAAUGUAUUUACCGAUAUGCUCAGUUAUUUCACAUCAUGGGGUACAACUAGGGCUGGGCGUGUGAGGCGAGACGAUGGACGAAACACAGGGGAAAUUCCGACAGUUCCCGACAUCCUUAUUAUAAGCGAACAGACACAAGAUAAGCUGAAGGUGUAUAGCGCAUCUGUUCCAAAGAUAUCAUACGUCCAACUUGUAGAUGACACGGAGGAACUAAAGAAAUGGGUUGUGAAUUGUGGCAACAAGGUGAGAUUGUUGGCCUCGUUGACGCCACCUGGCGAACUAAAAACGGUCCUAGCUGGACUAGCUAAAAGAUUCAGUUCUUUGGACAACAAACUUAAAGGGAUACGGAAGAGUGUAGCGUCAUUACAAGCCAUACAGGCGCUACUGUUUCAGCUGAGUCAACAGUUAGGACCCAUGCGUGAAACGUUGAAUGCAAUAGCUAAGUCGAAUACGGCUAUAUCAUCGGAACUCCUCCAGGGCGUUGACAUAGUGGAGAACUGUACUGCAGAGUUGUAUUAUUCUCCAAAGCCAGAUCCCGCCGACACAGACUUCUGUCUUGAAUCAGCCAAGAAUUUAUCAGUUGUGCUAUUUGAAUAUCUUAACGUUACAUCGGUCCCCGAUGAACUACAAACACUGAACACACUUUUGGAGAAUAUUGCAAUAAUAAAUGACCAAGUGGUCGAAGCUCUGGAAGUCACACUCGUAAAGGCUAUAAAGAGAUCAAUUAAGCUUAGCAGUCAGAAGAAACUGGGUUCAUUGAGUAAUAAACUUGAGAAAGAUAUACUGAGAUUGCAAAACGAAGCUGUGCUCAUGGGUUUCACACCGUGUACAAUACCAUUACCUGCACCACGGAAUGGAAGUAUCAUCAUGGCGGAAGAUGGCAGCGUUGGGUCGUUCACGGUCUUCGAUUGUAACGAAGGAUUUAGCUUGAAUGGUUCCCAAGUGAGACAGUGUGCAGGAAAUGAAACAUGGACGGGGGAUGAAACGCGAUGCUUCUGGAACCCAGUCGGCAUUGACGAAUGCGAAAGUAACCCAUGUACGAAUAACGGCACAUGUGUGGAUAGACACGAUGCAUUUGAAUGUGUUUGCCUACCUGGGUAUGAAGGUGCUACCUGCAAUAUAGAUACAAACGAGUGCUUGAGUAACCCAUGUCAGAACGGAGCGGAAUGCAUUGACAACAUGAAUUUCUUUACCUGCAACUGUAGCGCUGGAUACCGUGGUAUACUCUGUCAAUUCGAUAUAAACGAAUGUGCUAGCAAUCCGUGCCAAAACAAGGCAGUGUGUGAAGAAGGCAUUGACUUGUAUACGUGUACAUGCGAACCUGGCUACACCGGAGUGAACUGCGAAAUGGAGAUCGAUGAAUGUGUUCCAAAUCCAUGUAUGAACAAUGGAACAUGCACCGAUUUUGUGAAUAGAUUCAAAUGCGACUGCGCUCAGGGCUGGGCUGGGUUAAAUUGUGAGCUAGCUUGGAAUAACACGUGCAAGCCUCUAUUCGCGCCACGCCAUGGGCGGAUAAUCCAAGAUGGCGGUGGGAGGUUAAACUCCGAGUACAUAUUUGAAUGUGACCAAGGGUGGACAAUGAUAGGUUCUCCAGUCAGACGUUGCUCAAUCACAAGCAGGUCGGCUGGAUUUUAUACAGGGAUACAACCGUAUUGCUACAAAUUUCCAGAAGGAUACGGUGUUACGUGUCCUGUCUGGGAUGAUGAGCCAGAAGAAAAAUAUUUAUUUAGGGAUGCUUUAGACUGCAAGUACUUUUACAAAUGCACAUAUGACGGCAGUGCCAUCUUUCGAUUUAACUGCCCAGCUAAUUUACACUGGGAUGAUGAGCUAAAGGUCUGUAAUUGGAAAUGGGCGGCAGAGUGUACCCCGAUUGAAAUAACAUAAUAAACAUAUUCAAUAUGAGUAUUGGGAGACUUAUAUAAUUGACGACGUGAGAUCAUCGUGUUUAGAAAGCCAAUCUCAGAAAUGACAUAAGAAUAAUGUUCAUCAACUGACAAACAAUUUGUAGAAUAAAUACUUGAUAAAGUAUCA